CAAUAAAAUCAAAAAUAGAAAGUAUAAUGAAUCAGAGAGUCGGUAUGGGCAGGAGAAGCAGAUAUGACAGUUAGACGGUAUGUCAUUUCAGACACACAACACAAAACACACAUUACUACUACUAACAUUCACUCUCUCAAAUCAAUCACUGUUUUUUUCAUCAGAGUUAGAUCCCAUUUCCCCAUUUUCACUUCUAAUCUUGAUUUUGAUUUACUCUCCACCAAAUUCAUGUUUCUGAGCUCCAAGUAAGGAAGUAUUGGUCGUAGCAAUUUUUUCUUCUUUAUUUUGUUCUUGUUGCAGUGGAGAGGAGAAUGAAUCGGUGGUGUGUUCCUGAUUUUGAAGUAGAAGAAGACCACCACUUAAUCCCAUCUUCUUCUGGAUUACACCGCCCUCCUAAUAAUAAACCCUCAAAACAUGGAGGAGAUGAGCUAGUGGAGCUCUUAUGGGAGAAUGGACAACUUGUGAAUCAGAAUCAUAAAUCACUUAGGAAGAAAACCCAUCAUUACUCAAACUCAAAAUACCCUUACCAAUCACCACAAGAUGAUUUUGGGGCUGCAAGUAUAAGUGGCAGAAGAGAAUUUCAGGAUAUGGGGUCUCGGCUUAUGGAAGAAACAGGGGAGGGGGCAGCCGCAACUGGGAGCCAACAUCUCUUUAUGGAAGAAGAUGAGAUGGCUUCUUGGUUGCAUUACCCUCUCUCACCAGAUGAUAAUUCCGCAUUCCGACCAAGGUUCGCCGAUGAUAAUAAUAAUAAUAAUAAUCAUAGCAAUCUUGUUUAUCCUGCACAAUUUGGGGGUGAUUAUACUCCGCCACAACCACCGCCGCAGCCGCCUGUGAAUAGGAUAACUCAGAUUAUAGAUGACCGCCCAACAGAACAUAAACUCCCAGCACCUACUCCUCCAGAACAUAAGUUCUCAGCAGCUACUCCUCCUACUCCUCCAGAACAUAAAUUCUCAGCAGCUACUCCUGCUCCUGCUCCUCAUAGGCCGCCAAUACCAACACCAAUGUCAUCAUCUUCAUCGUCCAAGUUCCAUAAUUUUGGGCAUUUCUCGCGACACAAAGUGCUGCAAAGUGAUGAAUCUCAACCAACGACUUCAGAUAAGAUGAGGACUGGAUCAGCAGUAUUGGGAAGUUCUUGCGAGACACCGCCUAUGUGGGCAAGUAAGAGUAGUGAUACAGCAGUGCCAGAAAAAGAUGAAGCAGCGGUGGCCUCUGAGCAGAUGACAACAAGGACAUCCUCUUCUGCUGGUUCAGGUGCUGGUGCCGAGCCGUCAACAAAAAUGCCUACAGAGGACAGGAAAAGAAAAGCAAGAGAAACCGACGAACAGGAGUACCAAAGUGAGGAUGACAAGUUCGAAUCUGUGGACACAAAGAAACAAGCUCGUGGAUCAACAUCUGCGAGGCGAGCUCGUGCCGCUGAGGUCCACAAUCUCUCUGAGAGGAGACGUCGAGAUAGGAUAAAUGAGAAGAUGAAGGCCUUGCAAGAACUCAUACCUCGUUGCAAUAAGUCAGACAAAGCGUCAAUGUUGGAUGAGGCAAUUGAGUACUUAAAGUCGCUACAGUUACAAGUUCAGAUGAUGUCGAUGGGAUGCGGCAUGGUCCCUAUGAUGUUUCCUCCUGGUGUUCAGCAAUACAUGUCCCCAAUGGGGAUGGGGAUGGGCAUGGGCAUGGGGAUGGAUUUUGGUUUGAAUCGACCAAUGAUGAUGCCAUAUGCCUCAGUUUUAGCUCCUAGACCUGCUCAUUUGGGUCAGACUCCUCCUGUGCCUGGAUUUCAUGUUCCGCCUCCCCCUGCAAACACAAACAACUCGCCGAGACCCCCUAUUUUCCCUGCUGAUCCCUACCAAAAUUAUUUCAACAGCCUCCACAUGCAAGUACCAAGACACCCGGAUCAGAAUGAAUCCAUGGUCCAGCCAUGCCCCAGCAAAGGUGCCGAGGGUGACAACAAUCACAAGCCUGGAUGAUCCUUGCUUUACUACCUCCACUGUUAAAAUGACAGAUGUAGUCAUGUAGGGACCGACCUAAAGGUUGGUGGGCCCGGUGAUUCUAAAUUGCAACUCCCUGCCUAGACUGCCUGUUCAUUACUUUCUUACUCGAGCUUCUUUCAAUAGACGCAGAGGAUUGACCGCUUGAUAGUUUUGGCCGAUCAAUGGUUAGUCCAAUUCUUGAUGCAAAUAUACAUGGCUCGCCCGGGAUGCUGAAUGCUGGCUCUGAGUGAUCACCACCCGAAUCAAUUUUUUUAAAUUCCGAAGUUUGAAGUAAUUCGUCUCCCUUGCAGACCAAUGAGUUGGUGAAGGUGGGUCUUAAAAGGUUCUUUUGGAGCUAAAUUUUUGCAGAGAACCAUGAUAACAACUGCUGAAUAGUGUCAGCAUGUACUACUGAGUAUUAGGUUAUAAUGCGGCUAACACUUUGUCUUUAAUCACACUGUAAGCACAAACAACAUAAAUCCACAUAGCACAUGCAUAUAUAAAUAAAUCCCAUGUCCCUCUUUUCGUCCCUUUUGCUAUUUUUGAUCUUUCCUUUUUUUUGAUACUGUCUUUCAGCUGCUUGGCUCAUUAUUUUUUAUCUGCCCAACUUAUGCUUGGUGGAGUUAAUAAUUUGAUGA